CAUAGUUGAACAAGCAUGCACGUUCACACACGCUGAUUACCCAGACCUGACACUUGGGGGAGGAGCAGAGUCCCCCCAGGUGGCCACAAUACAUCCCUGCUUCUGCCCACACGUUUGCCCAGUUUUCAGGAAAGCCGAGCCAUUAACUCCCAGGCCCCAUGACCCAUAAUUCCUCACGGCUCAUAGUCCCUCCACCUACAUAACUCCCUGAGGCGUUGGGAGAGGGUCGUCCACCAGUUCACAGUUUUUGACACAGGAAUAAAAGCUGUGUGUUUUUUGGAAAGUUUCUGCAUAAAUGGCCAGGUGGCAGAACUUUGCAGAAUUUGGUACAGCCCAAGAAAAUAACUAUUACUACUACUGGCAAAGAGAGAAGCUGGAGCUCCAGCCUGGCCAAGAUCACAGCUAUGACGUGUGGUAUGAGCAGCCCCCGGGCUUUUACACUCAGUCCAGGUACAGCUACAGCUAUGCAGUGGCUGGAAGUGGACCUGAGCCUUUUAUGUACGAGGUGGCCAUGCACCCAGCUGGAACUUCAGUGACGCCCCAGGAAACCAAGUUGACAACCAAGUUUUCAGCUGAAGGCCAAGAUGAAGACUCACUAGAAGGUGAUACAGCAGUUUCAGGAAAUGUGACUUUCACAGGCAGUGGGAUGGAGGAGGCCCUGAAGAUGGAGCCCACCAGAACAGGACUUGUAUCCUUCCAGGAUUAGGAGGGGGCUUGGUUCCUCCUCCUCUGUCCACUCUGUACCACCUGGGCCCUGUCCGGAACUGUCCGUACCAGCUUCUGACCUCCAGCAUGGUGAGAAAUACAUCUGCUGUUGAUAAGCCACCCAGACCAUGGCACUUUUAUAGCAGCUUGAAUCAAGCGAGAUGAUAACAAAAUAUUAUUCCAGCAUGUGCUCUUCAUACUAGGUCUUCCAAAUACAGUGUACACUCCGAUUUUUAUUGUAAAAUACACAGAAGGUUCACGGUCACCGUCCCUGCCAUUUUGAAGUGUCCGGUGCAGUGACAUUCAUUCUUUUGUACAGCCAUCGCCACCAUCCCUCUCUGGAGCACUCUUCCUCUUAGAAAGCUGAAACUGCAUCCAUGAAGCAGGAAGUCCUUGUUCCCUCCUUUCUUGUCCUUGGCAGCCACCCUCCUCGGUCAGCACGGUGCCUACUUUGUCCUUACCUCGGGACCAGCUGUGUUCACUGGGGCCAGAGGCUGCUGUGCCAGGUGGUGAGGAUUUGGGGAAAGAGGUCCCCUCAUGGGUUCCUUUGGUUGCUGAUUACUUCAAGCCAAGGGCACUUGGGAUGCAGCAAACAAGAGAGAGGCUUCCUCUGAACUUCUGUUCUCUGCUGCAGACAGGUUAUCCUGCAGUGGCUCUGUUGUCCACCCCACUGGAGUCUGAUCCACCAGGGAAGAUCAGCUGUGUCUCCAGAGAGGAGGCUGAAGUGGACAUUGUGCCUGGUCAGGCUCUGUUCUCCCAAGGGCCACUCACUUUUUGCAUCAUUUUUAAAUUUUGUUUUUGAGUUUGAAAGCAGGUCUUUGCUGGCC